UGUCUGAGUUUUGCAACCAUUUAAUUAGGCGCUGUUAUGGGUCAAGCUUUCCUCAAACUAACCUCUCCACAGACAUCUGUAAACAAUUCUUAGAACCCAGACAUCUCUAUCCUGUUUAACCCGCCUUGAUUGAUUGAUAUCGUUAGUGAUAAAUAUGAUAAUUAAAAACCCAAAAGUUUUGCAUUGCUUGAGGCGACUUAUUUCAACUUGAAAUCUCUGCGUCAGUUUCUUGUACUCGAUCAUGGAUAUCAGAACCUUGCUUGACAAUCUUCCCGAUAAAGUAUCUUGUUCUGUGUGUGUGACAACAUUUACUGAACCAAAGAUUCUGCCAUGUUUGCACAGCUUUUGUCUUCACUGUUUGAACGGGAUCCCACGAACGAGUGGCCGCCAUGAUGUAUUUCUCUGUCCUGAAUGCCGAAGAGAAGUUCAAGUCCCUAGCAGUGGAAACCUCAAGGAUCUGCCCACAAACUUUCGUAUCAACAGUUUGCUAGAUGUGCUGGCCAUCAAAGAAUGCCAUACUACUGGAGUGAAAUGUGGAAACUGCGACAAAUGUAGCAGACACAGUUCGUACUGUUUUCAGUGCUGUGCGUUCUGGUGUGACGAGUGUAUCACUGUUCAUAACAUGAUCAAAGCGAAUGAAGAGCAUCGAGUCCUCGCUCUGAAAGAUUUUGAAAAUCAAGACAUCGAAGAUGUAUUAAAGCGGCCAGCAUUUUGCCAACUCAAGCAUCACGAAAAAGAAGAACUUAAGUUCUUUUGCAAGAACUGUGAUGUUGCCAUUUGUAAUUCGUGUGUUGCAACUAUCCAUGAUGGUCACGCUAAGAUACUUCUAGAAGAUGCAGCAAGUGAACGCAAGUUACAAGUUCAGUCUUUAAUCGAGUCGCAAAAAGAAAAAAUUGAACAGAAGAAAAAUCAAAUCGCUGACCUUGAGAGACAGUGUAACUGUCUUGAGGCGCGAGCUGAUGCAGUGAAACGAGACAUCCAUAGGCUUGCUGAAAACAUGUUCGCAGCCAUUGAAACAAAGAAAAAGGAAUGUUUCAAAGAAAACAAAACAGUACUUGAUAGUAUAAAAUCGGACGGCAUCGGCUCAUUUAUGACCUUUGCGAAUAAAACUAUCGCUCAUCAGUCAACUGCCGAAGGAAAAGGAAUCACUGAAGCGAUUGUUGGCCUUCCAUCGAAAUUCUUAUUAACAACAAGAAAUAUUGAGGGAGAACAAUGUCGCCACGAGCGUGACUGUGUAAUGGUGGAAAUCAAAAAUCAACAAGGCUAUGACUGUGCUACGGAAGUGCGAGUCCAAGAUAACAAAGAUGGUAGAUACAAAGUCAGAUAUUUCCUCAAAGACACAGGAAAAUGCCAACUAUCAGUGAAAGCAAACGAAGAACAUAUUCGAGGCAGUCCAUUUGCUGUUAACGCGAAACCCAGACAGUUCAGACCCUUGUUAUCUUUUGGACAAGAAGGUUCAUCAGUUGGAAUACUUGCCGGUCCAUAUGGAGUGUCAGUGAAUGAACGAGAUAAAAUCGCAGUGACUGAGACUGGUAACCACAGGGUUCAGGUAUUCAGUAGUGAUGGAACUUACUUAAGAUCUUUUGGUAGUGAGGGUAAUAAUAGGGGAGAGUUUAAUUUCCCUGCUGGCAUAGCACAUGAUACGAACAAUAACAUUACAGUAGUGGACAAAGAAAACCACAGCGUUCAAUUGUUUAAUGAGCAAGGGGAUUACCUGAGCCAGUUUGGUGGUGAAGGAAAUCUUGAUCACCAGCUGAGUAGUCAUGUUGGUUUAUCUGUUGACGGGAAUUGAAAUAUCAUUGUUGCUGAUACGGGCAACAGCUUUAUAAAAACCUUUUCAUCCAAUGGCCAGUUUCUGUAUAAACUUGGCGAAGGUGAAGUUUUUACUGCUCCUCUUCACUGUAUUCAAUAUAACAAACAUCUCAUUGUGUCAGACAGUGGUGAACAUUGUAUCAAAGUGUUUGAUAUAAAUGGUGAUUUUUUGUACAAAUUUGGAAAUAAGGGAAACGGGGAUGGGCAGUUCAAUGAACCUCGUUUUUUGUCAGUUAACAAGGCUGGACACCUGAUGCUCUGUGACAGAGAGAAUCACAGAGUUCAAGUAUUUGAAUUGAGUGGUAGAUUUGUAACAAAGUUUGGAAAAGAAGGGAGCAGGCCAGGAGAGUUCCAAUAUCCAACAUCUUCGGCAGUUUUUAGUGAUGGCAGGAUACUUGUGGCUGAUCGUUAUAACCAUCGCGUUCAGAUAUUUGAGUAAAUGUGAAAUGAUAAAUUCAACCUAGACCGUACUUUUUAAGAAAAUUGUUUCCCCUAAUUUUGAAAUUAUCUCCCAGAUAUAAGCUUCUCGUUAUAGUCUUAGUGAAUAUAACAUUUUAGAACUUUGAGUCAAUGGAUUCGAUUUGGUUCAUUGUAGUAAUUACUUCGUACUUCACGUUUUACUUUACGGUCAACUUAAAAAUCUUGUUUUUCCGAGUAGUUUUCCGUAUAUAUAGAUGGAUGUUAUCUUAAUUGAAUGCAUAGUUUAUCGACACUUUUUUAAAUUUUAGAAAGGCUAUUAGAAAUGGAAACAAUUUGCCAACUGCAAAAACAAGUAUUGUCUUUUUUUUUCUUUUUCAUGAGCUCAGAUGGACAACCCUUUCAUUUUGCCUUUGUUGUUGUCUCUGUCCUUAUCUAAUGGCUCGUUUUCUAGAUCACUCGUACGUGUUAUAACCAAACAAUACUGCUGUAUCAGUGUAGAGUUUCAUGAAGCUGAAUGUCAAAGUGCAGUUGAGCUGAUGAAUGAGUUCAAAGUGAUUGCCUUAUUCCUGUAAAUCACACAUGCAGUGUUUGCCGAGAGAAACUGUAACGUUCAAAAACCUCCAUCGCGAUACUUAGGGUGUUUGUUGUUGUUGUUUUGAUUGAUGUAAAUUAUCGUUCAUUUAUAACCUUUAGAUUCCAGUUUGUUUGGGAGGGCAAACAGCAGAGAUCGAAGAAAAAGUGUCGUAA